UGGCAGAAUUACAGAGGUGAAUGCGCUGUCAGCUGGCUUGGCCACUCCAGGGGUUUAAGGCCCAUAAAAUGUAAAUAUAUGAGCUGGGAAGUGGAGAAGGUAGACUAAAUCAUUGUUCACUAGCUGGAAUGCAUUUCUCAGAUUAGCUAAGCAGUAGCGGGCCAGAGGGCUCCAAGCUGGGUGACCUGCCUUCUUGGUGGCAAGCUAUGGCCAGUGGCUGGAGAGGGGGCCACUGGUACAGGAGGGUAAGGAGGGGACACUGGAGAAAGGGGAGGAAGGCCUCCCAGUACUGCAGCUCAGGGUGUGCCAGGUCCCACCCCCCAGAGGCGGGGCCAGGCUGAUCCCCGCCAGCCUCAGCUCCAUCCCUCCAGGAACCCAGGCGAGGGCAGAGCCAGGGAGAGCAGUGGAGAGCCGGGGCCCUGCUGUCCUCGCACGGUGGAGGUACCAUGCCCUCACCGGUCAGGACACCAGACAUCGCCAGAAGCCCUGCAGCGCUGGCUGCGGCAACUCCCUGACACUCAGAGGAAAGCCCAGGCUGGGGGAGCAACACCUGUCCCUCACAGCCAUGCAUGCCCGCUGUUGCUCCAGGCCUCCCCCGUCCCCAGGCCCAAGAUGACACCCAACAGCACCAGGGAGAUGCCCAGCCCCGUUCCCGCAGGGGCCCUGGGGCUCUCCCUGGCCCUGGCAAGCCUCAUCGUCGCUGCCAACCUGUUCCUGGCCCUGGGCAUCGCCAGGGACCACCGCCUGCGCGGCCCACCCGCUGGCUGCUUCUUCCUGAGCCUGCUGCUGGCCGGGCUGCUCACCGGGCUGGCGCUGCCCGUGCUGCCAGGCCUAUGGAACCAGAGCCGCCGAGGCUACUGGUCCUGCCUCUUCCUCUACUUGGCUCCCAAUUUCUCCUUCCUCUCCCUGCUUGCCAACCUCCUACUGGUGCACGGGGAGCGCUACAUGGCAGUGCUGCGGCCCCUGCGGCCCCGCGGGAGCACUCGGAUGGCCCUGCUCCUCACCUGGGCUGGCCCCCUGCUCUUUGCCAGCCUGCCUGCCCUGGGCUGGAACCACUGGGCCCCUGGGGCCAACUGCAGCUCCCAGGCUGUCUUCCCAGCCCCCUACCUCUACCUCGAAGUCUAUGGGGUCCUGCUGCCCGCCGUGGGCGCUGCCGCCCUUCUCUCGGUCCACGUGCUGGCCACCGCCCGCCGUCAGCUGCAGGACAUCCGCCGGCUGGAGCGGGCCGUGUGCCGCGGCGCGCCCUCGGCCCUGGCCCGCGCCCUCACCUGGCGGCAGGCCAGGGCACAGGCUGGAGCCACGUUGCUCUUCGGGCUAUGCUGGGGGCCCUACGUGGCCACCCUGCUCCUCUCCGUCCUGGCCUAUGAGCAGCGCCCGCCGCUGGGGCCCGGAACUCUGCUGUCCCUCAUCUCCCUGGGCAGCGCCAGUGCGGCGGCCGUGCCCGUGGCCAUGGGGCUGGGUGAUCAGCGCUACACGGCCCCCUGGAGGGCGGCCGCCCAGAGGUGGCUCCGGGUGCUGCGGGGAAGACCCCAGGGCAGUCCUGGACCCAGCCCCGCCUACCACACCCGCAACCAAAGCAGCAUGGACCUCGACUUGAACUAGGGGAGGGGCCCCUGCUCGUUCCUACUAGAAGCAUCCGUCCAUCUUGGCCACCAAGCCCAUCUCCACUUAUCCCCGCACCUCUGGAUCAGAGACCCUGCCCCUAUACGACCCCACCCUGACUGAAUAAAGCUCCCCUGGCUCCCA